UGUAGAUGCCGUCCCGGGUUCCGGCUGAAGGACGACGGGAAGACGUGCAUUGACAUCGACGAGUGCUCCACCACUUACCCCUGCAGCCAGAAGUGCAUCAACACUCUGGGGAGCUACAAGUGCCUGUGCAUAGAGGGCUACAAGCUCAAACCUGACAACCCCACCAGCUGUAAAGCUGUCACAGGUGAGAGCCAAGAGCAGACUCGGAGGCAGAGAUGCUCUUCUGGUGACCGCGUGAUGCUGCUGGCGCUGGAGCCAGUCACGGUGCUCCGCAAGGCGAAGCAGCUGCACCUGACUCGUGAAGGAGAGCUGGGGAGCAAUGAAGAGCCCUUCCUCAUCUUUGCCAACCGGUACUACCUGAGGAAGCUCAACCUGGAUGGCUCCAACUACACGCUGCUCAAGCAGGGGCUGAACAACGCUGUGGCUCUGGAUUUCGACUAUCGGGAGCAGAUGAUCUACUGGACGGAUGUCACCACGCAGGGCAGCAUGAUCCGCCGCAUGCACAUCAACGGGAGCAAUGUUCAGGUUCUUCACCGCACUGGCCUCAGCAACCCCGACGGGCUGGCUGUGGACUGGGUGGGAGGCAACCUGUACUGGUGCGACAAAGGUCGGGACACCAUUGAAGUGUCGAAGCUCAACGGUGCCUACCGCACCGUGCUGGUGAACUCAGGCCUGCGCGAGCCCCGGGCACUGGUGGUGGAUGUGCAGAAUGGUUACCUAUACUGGACAGACUGGGGGGACCACUCCCUGAUUGGGAAGAUCGGCAUGGAUGGCACCAACCGCAGCGUCAUCGUUGACACCAAGAUAACUUGGCCCAAUGGCCUCACCCUCGACUACAUCAACAGCCGGAUCUACUGGGCUGACGCACGGGAGGACUACAUCGAGUUUGCCAGCCUGGAUGGCUCUAACCGGCACACGGUGCUAAGCCAGGACAUCCCGCACAUCUUUGCGCUCACCCUCUUUGAGGAUUUCAUUUACUGGACCGACUGGGAGACCAAAUCCAUCAACCGAGCCCACAAGACUACGGGAGCCAACAAGACCCUGCUGAUCAGCACGCUGCACCGUCCCAUGGACAUCCACAUCUACCACCCCUACCGCCAGCCUGACGUUCCCAACCAUCCCUGCAAGACCAACAAUGCUGGCUGCAGCAACCUCUGCCUCCUCUCGCCAGGCGGGGGGCACAAGUGUGCUUGUCCCACCAACUUCUACUUGGGCAGCGAUGGCAAACCCUGCGUCUCCAACUGCACGGCCAGCCAGUUUGUCUGCAAGAAUGACAAGUGCAUCCCUUUCUGGUGGAAAUGCGACACCGAGGACGACUGCGGGGACCGUUCGGAUGAGCCCGAGGACUGCCCCGAGUUCAAAUGCAGGCCGGGGCAGUUCCAGUGCUCCACUGGGAUCUGCACCAACCCAGCCUUCAUCUGUGACGGAGACAACGACUGCCAGGACAACUCGGAUGAAGCCAACUGUGAUAUCCACGUCUGUCUGCCCAGCCAGUUCAAAUGCACCAACACCAACCGCUGCAUCCCUGGCAUUUUCCGCUGCAACGGUCAGGACAACUGCGGCGAUGGCGAGGAUGAGAAGGACUGCCCGGAGGUGACUUGUGCCCCAAACCAGUUCCAGUGCGCAAUCACCAAGCGCUGCAUCCCCCGCGUCUGGGUGUGCGACCGGGACAACGACUGCGUGGAUGGCUCGGAUGAACCUGCCAACUGCAGUAAGAAGGGAGCACGGGGAGGGCCGGUGGGUCUGGCCACGCUCAAACUGGGAGCUCCCCUGCAGCCAGUCAUGUCUGUGUGGCUUUGCCUGCGGGAUGCUCGGUCCCUGCUCGGUCCCCGCUACAUGGGUGUGGUGGUGGUGGUGGCUCUGCCUUGA